CUUCACUUUAGAACCAUCUCUGCCGUAAUGCCGAUGGCGUAAACGUUAACCGUCCAGUUAUUGCAAUAAGAGUCAUUGAAUUAAAUCAGAUUUUUGUCGAAAGCAUUACCGAAACACUUCAUCAACUACCAACAGACGGCGACUCACUUUUGGCUUGAUAUACAAACAUAAACAGCAUUGUGACGUUAUGUUUCCUUUGCAUAAUUUAAAUUUUUAUUUACUUACGUUUAAUUUUUAUUUCUAUUUUUUCAUUUAAUGUUGUAUUUAUUUUUACACGCAUUUUAUUUUUACUUAUGAUUUUAUUUAUAAUUUCUAUUUUUUAUAUAAUUUUUGUUUGGAUUUAUAUUUAAUAAACUUGUAUUUCUAUAUUUUUACAUAUUUGGUUUCUAUUUUUUAGAUACUUAACGGGAACAUUUAAAUCUCCUAUUGUUUAAUAUUCAGUCACGCCAUCAAAAACUAUUUUUUCUUUUAACUGUGUAAACUAAUGAAACGUUGCAAUGAAGCUUUAUUUACUUCUUGUUCGAUCCGUAAACUUCCUGUUUUUUUCUUAUUCUUUGUAAUUAGUCGAUUUGUCAAUAUUAUUCCAUAUGUAAUCAGUGUGACAUCAAUCUAAAUCUCUUUGUUUGUCUUUUAAAAGUGGGACGUAAUUACCGUAAAUCUAAUAAGAUAAUAGAUUACGCCUUGAUUAUUUAACCGAUUUUCAAUUUCUGUCACACAAUGCGUUUUAUGUUGGAUUUCGAUAUAACAAUAUUAAGGUCUUGUUAAAGUGCCAAAUUUUGUAUCAUAAUUUUUUAUAUUAAAACAAAAGUAAAAUUGAAUUAUACUACAAAAUUUACAUUUUAUUUCUCAUUGUAAACUUAUUCAUAAAAAAAAAAAAAGUUGACACUAACAAGUACAAAUAUAAAUAAGUUUACAUUUGUUCAAUCUCUUUUCCAAUAAAAUAUAUAAGCAUUUAAUAAUAUCGUAUUAAUUUUAUUUUCGAUUCAUAACUUUGAAAAUAGCUGCUAAAUAUUAUAUACUUUUACUUAUUUCGACAGAAAAAUUGUUUGACACUCCAAAUAUUUAUAUAGUUCUAAUUUGUAUGUUUCACUUAAAUACUGUUGGAUAGCAUUAAAUAGAUGUAUCACGUUUGUAGGUAAUUGAACUUAAUACGGCAACAGGUGGAGGUGGUAGAUAAUCUCAGCAACAAAUUUGUAUUAUUGGCAAAAGAGAUGGAAGACAUCGGAGAAAAAGUGUCAAAAACUGUUCCGACAAACCGUUCUUUGUUAACAUGUACGAGCGCGGCUUCGUUGUUCUUAACUCGACUAAAGUCUCGACGCUCAUCGCCUAAGCAAGAUGACAACGAGCUCGAGAAUGGUCAAGUUCAAUACGACUCGCCCUCUUCAUCCGACAGUCCAAUAAGUCUUAUACCUUCCAUAGAAAAUUAUUUCAUCGUCAGUGAACGUACUUCUUCCGAAUUCGACCGCACUUCCCUGCGCAUCAACGAAGAUUUCAUCAAAAAUGUUCUCAUGGCACACAGGAUACGUAUAGGCUGCAAGUCUCAAGUGUGGGAAAAUCUGGAAUUAGGAAUUUGCGAAACGGACGAAACAAAUGUAGUCUACGCGGACAGUGAAACCAACAUCUUAUUGCUACAAGCGAGUUUUAUGGGUCGUACGAAUCUCAUUCAUCGUUUGUGCAAUUGCGGAGCUAAUGUCAAUUACACUGAGCCCAAGUAUGGUCUCACCCCGUUGCACUUGUGUGCGUUUCGGAAUUGCAUAGACGGGGUCAAGUACUUGAUAGAACGAGGUGCGAGUAUUGAUACCAAUUCUAAACAUACGGCGUUUCAUUACGCCGCUUUUGGUGAUGCUUUCGAUGUUGCUCAGUAUUUCUUGCAACUCAGCUUCAGUCAAUUAUCUCCGUACGACGCUGAAGAGACGGUGUUGCACGUGGCUGCGCGAACCAACGCUGUGCGCGUACUUACUCUACUGGCGCCGAACAAUAAGGAGCUCGAUCGUUUAGAUCAGGAUGGAUUCGCCGCUAUUCAUCACGUGGCCGACGGCGGAGACAAAGUUUGCUUAGACAUACUUCUGAAAGCUGGUUGCCAAGUGGACUUACUUAACGGAAAGAACGACACCUCUUUACAUUUGGCCGCGGAGGCCGGUUGCGCGGAUAACUUGGCUCUCUUAGUCGAGGCGAACGCUAAUCUUCAACUAAAGAAUCACCGGGGACAUACGGCCUUGCAUUUAGCUGCCCGUUCGCAUUCCCUGGAGUGCGUGGAAAUUUUACUGAAAGGUCGCGCGGAUCCCAACGUAGAAGAUGACGAAGGUCGGACGCCUCUACAUCUGGCUUUGGGCAAGUCUCUGAUGACCGACGAUAUUACCGAGCUCUUGCUGAAAUGGCGGGCGGACGUGAAUAAAGCUGACAAAUACGGUUACACUCCGCUACACAUCGCUGCCUCGAACGAGUUGUCGCAAUGCGUCAAUCUGCUGAUAAAAUACGAGGCAGAUCUUACCGCCCGGACUAUUGGUGGUAACAGUGCCCUGUCCAUCGUUCUGCGUAAGACUCCGAUGUCUUUGGAUGUGUUCGAGCGUAAACUGAACACAUCCUUGACUCUGAAUCGACAGGGAUUUAUUGCGGGCGAGCUCGAAUUACAGCUGGAUUUUCGUCCGUUACUACAGCACCGGCGAAACCGACAGAGUCGUUCGCCCGAGAUCGGUUACCUCAACACUUUCGUAAAAGAAGGCUACAAAGAAAUCCUGGAGCAUCCUCUGUGUCAGUCUUUUCUUCAUCUUAAAUGGCACAAAAUCCGAAAGUACUACGCCGCCAGUUUAUUUUUCUACCUGGUGUACAUGCUAAUCUUUACGAGCUGGGUGAUAAUCACCCUAGCUCAUAAUUGUUACAACGAGUCGAAGGGCAUUGUGGACAUUCCGUCGUUGUGCAAGAACGCGCCCGGAAUCUAUAGAUUUAUCUACAAACAUCCCACGAUACUUGAGAUUCAGUGGUACAGCCUAGUGACGCUCACUGUGUUCGAGGCUUUUCGCAAGUUCACCGUCAUUCCCAAUUACCGAUCUGUUAGACAAUUCUUCACACAGAUAGAAAACUUAGUCGAUUGGUGCGUAAUACUGAGCGUGUUCAUCACUUCUUUUGCGUAUACGGAAAGAACGUAUAUCUGGCAAAGUCACUUGAGCGCUUUUGCCGUGCUCUGCGGUUGGAUCAAUUUAAUGUUGAUGAUCGGACAACUCCCGAUGUUCGGCGCUUACGUCGCUAUGUUUACUAGCGUGCAGGCACAAGUAUUUAAGCUACUUCUGGUCUAUGCCUGCCUACUGAUAGGCUUUACAGCGAGCUUCUGCGUGAUUUUUCCACACAGCAAGUCGUUCAGCAAUCUGUACACGGGCCUUAUUAAAGUUCUUGCGAUGAUGACCGGCGAAUUAGGCUUCGAAGAUAUAUUUUUCGCACCCGAGAAGGGUGGUAAUGAAGAUGUUGGAGAAACUUCCUGGAUUCUGCUUCAAGUUUCGACCCAAUUUUUCUUUGUAUUGUUUCUCCUAUUUGUAACAAUCGUGCUGAUGAAUCUGUUGAUCGGCAUAGCUGUGCACGAUAUCAAGGGCCUGCAAAAGACGGCGGGUCUCGCAAAACUUGUUCGCCAAACAAAACUGAUCCACGAUGUGGAAAUCAUGGAUUCGUCGAUUUUGUUGGGAUUUAUGCCGUCGAAACGCUUCAACAAGUGUAUGCGGUGGACCGCGCUGUUUCUGCCGUCACCUUUACGAGCCGUUCUGACCGUUCGUCCACUAAAUCCCAGAGAGAAGAGAUUACCACGUGAUGUUCUCUCUGCCGCCUACAAAAUAGCUAAGGAAGGAGACGGACAGAACAAUUUUGCCGUAUCGCGCAGAAAAACUUAUAGUCAGGCUUAUUACACGAAAGAUAGUCUCAGAAGCGACGUAACCGCGAGUCGUUGUCGUGGCGUCGAUGAGGAUACGCUGCAACACGAUUGCAACAAAUUUAAAGAGGAUAUUGCGGAACUCAAGGAACUUUGCGAGAAAAAUCACACUCUCCUUCGAGAACUUAUAAAAGCGCAGGAUAGUAAAAUAAAUAAAAUCGAUUGUAAAUACAUUUUAAUUCUGGUGAGUAUGUGUGAAAAUGAUCGAGAUACGUUAGGGGAGAGUGCUGAAGUAAAGAAUGUCGAGAUGAACGGUCUGAAGAUACCGAUUAUUUUGAAUGAUGGCGAACAACAUUUUUAUUCCAGAAGUUUCAACAGUCGUCACAAACGUGAUCCGCUGUCCGUUAGAUUAGCUUCCACUUACAGAUCGUUGAGAUGUGCAUAUACAGUGGAUGAUUAUCCGCAAAAAAUUACAAUUGAUGACGCAACUGUAUCGAAGUUCGAUAAUAAUAAUCAGAUCGAAAUCGACGCCGGUGAACCGCCACCGGUCGACGACUCACUUUUCUUCGAUAAUCUGGAAUGUUGUAAAAAUCACUAUAUAAAUGGUGCCAAAUUGAGAUCGGCUUUGUGGUCCAUAAUUGACUCGACGGAGACGAGACUGCUACUGCUGCACAUGGAGAAGAACCGCGUGCUUCCAAACGCGUGCAAAAACGAGAGAUUGCGGAAUGUCGCUUACAUCUGGGCGUCUUAUCGUGGUUUAUUGCAACUUCUGCCAGAACUGGAGAACGCUGGAGUGUGUUACGACUACGUCGAGCCGCGGACCGGCCUGAACGCUCUCCUCGCGGCUUCGCUGGGCGACAGGGUCGGUUGCGUGGAGUAUCUGAUUGCGAAGGGUGCCGAUGUAAACUACGAGAGCCUCGUCAGUCGUUACACGCCGCUUCAUUUUGCGGCGCUCGGUAAUAGCUGGCAUACCGCGGCUAUGCUGCUGGAUCACGGCGCCAAGCUCAAUUACGUCUGUCAGGAGGUGGUCGAGCCAAUUCUGCAUAGUGCUGUUCGCGCGAAGGCGGUGGAGACGGUCAAGCUGCUACUCGAACGCGGUGCCAGCGUCGUCGAGAAGAAUCACCUGGGCCAAACGCCAUUGCACGUGGCCUGUUUUGUGCAAUCGAUACCAUGUGUCGAGCUGCUGUCAGCCAACACGCCCAAUGUGAAUGCCGUCGAUAGGGAGCACAGGACACCUCUGCAUUUCACCGUGAUGAGCACAGACUCAUCCGCUGAGUUGGUGCAACUGUUGCUGAAACGCGGCGCCUUGGUGAAUGCGGUCGAUCGAACUGGCUUCACACCCCUUCACAUCGCUGCGUUGAACGAGCAAUCACGGUGCGUGGAUGCGCUCAUCUGGGCUGGCGCCGACAUCAGCGCGACCACGCGCACUGGCUUGUCCGCACUGAAUAUCAUAUUGAAGAAGAUCCCUGAGUCCUUGCACGUGUUCCGCCAGCGGUUGGAUGCCUCCAUCAGGCUGACUCGGCCGGUGCCGCAUAAUCGUGAAUUUGAAAUGCGUCUACAUUUUGAUAUUCUCUUUCCCAGCGGUAAUCAGUGCGAGACUAGCUUCAUAAACACUUUCGUGCAGGAGCACCGAAAGGACCUGCUGUCGCAUCCACUGGUUAUGGCAUUUCUACACCUCAAGUGGGAGAAAAUUCGCAAGCUUUAUCUGCUGAGAAUACUCUUAUACGCUAUGACAGUGAUAUGCAUGACUACUUACGUACUAACCGCGUUAGCGUAUAAAUGUUACAAUCAAAACGAAACUAACAGCUCGAAGAUAUGCGGCAGUAGACGAGUGACUAGCUUUCUCUUCCGAAAGCCAGUUAUCGAGAUCGAAUGGUAUCUUGCGUUAAUCCUGACUUGCAUCACUAUACCGAGGAAAAUAUUUGGUUUCAUGGUCUACAAAUCGGCGAUACAAUACUUUUCCAAUAUCGACAACGUGCUUGAUGGCGUGGUGAUUGUGAGCGUGUUCGUUACGUCCUUCGUGUACACCGGGCGCACUUACGACUGGCAGAAUUACGUCGGCGCGUUCGCCAUUCUUUGCGCCUGGACCAACCUGAUGUUAAUGGUCGGACAGCUACCGGCUUUCGGCACCUACGUCGCCAUGUUUACGCAUAUUCAAUUCGAGUUCGCCAAGCUUUUGCUGGCGUAUUCGGGCUUACUGAUUGGUUUCACCAUUAGUUUCUGCGUGAUAUUCGCUGGCGAACCCGCGUUCGGUAAUCCUUUCACCGGGCUGAUCAAAGUACUGGCUAUGAUGGCCGGUGAAUUGGACUUCGAAGGACUCAUCAGUCAGAUGGAUGAUGAACCGACGACGAGUUCCUUCGUUUUUUAUCAUCCUCUAUCGCAGAUACUCUUCACGCUAUUCAUAGUAUUCGUCACUGUGAUCUUGAUGAACUUGCUGGUCGGUAUUGCUGUACAUGAUAUACAAGGUCUAAGGAAACACGCAGGGCUCACGAAGCUGGUAAGACAGACAAAAAUGAUACUCUUUACGGAGAUGGUGUUGCAUAACACUACAAUCCCGUACGCCUUUCGGAAGUGGAUGUCCGAUCACAAGAUCAAUGUUGAAAAUAGGAAACGGGUUCUCGUGGUAAAGCCACUUAAUCCUCUCGAAAAGCGAUUGCCUAAGGAUAUAAUGAAAGCUGCUUACGAGAUAGCACAGAAGAAUAUUCCCUCGUCUAUGAAUGAUGAUAUCAAUUUGAGCGAUCACGCCGUUUGGCUGAAACAUCGACAGACAGAGCUUUCUGAUGUCGCCUUACAAAUGAUGUUCGAUAAACUGACCUCUAUGAUGAAAGUGAACGAAGAUGCUAUAAAAUUGCUGAGGGUACAAUUGCUAGAAAUGAAUAAGUUGCUAGAAAACAUCGCGACGACAUUAGCGAAAGAAGAAAGUACUUCGUUAUGAUUUGAACGAUUUAAUAUCGAUUAUAUUUCCAUUGCUUUUUACAAACAUGACUGAUAAAGUAGAUAUCGAAGCCACAAUUAAUGGUGGAGGGCCUACAGGUCAGUCGGGCGCUAUACGUUGGGGAAUUGCAUGGGGCUUACGCAGCUUUGUUGACAAAC